AGAUAGAGAGGCAAUCAAACAAACAUAUCCCAUAGACAUUACUUAUCUCUCCCACUCUAAAACAAAACAAAACAAAAAUCCCAUCAUCUUCUCUCUCUCCAAAAUCCAACCAUGAUCAUCCCCAUGUUCUUCCUCUUCCUCCUCACCAUCUUCUUCCUCUUCCUCACAACCAGAAGAACAAGAUCCUCCAGGCUUCCUCCUGGUCCACUUGGCCUCCCCUACAUAGGCCAGAGCCUCGGCCUCCUCCGGGCCAUGCGGAGCAACUCGGCAGAGCAAUGGUUGCUCCGUCGAGUGGCGAAGUAUGGCCCGGUGUCAAAGAUGACCCUGUUCGGGAAGCCGACCGUGUUCAUCCACGGGACGGUGGCGAACAAGGCGGUGUUCACCGGAGAAGAGGGGGCGAUGUCGAACCAGCAGACGGAAUCGCUGAAGAGAAUUCUGGGGGAGAGGAACCUGACGGAGCUGAGUGGAGAGGACCAUAAGAGGGUGAGAGGAGCACUGGUUUCGUUCUUGAAGCCUGACUCCUUGAAGAAAUAUGUGGGGAAGAUGGAUGGAGAGAUUAGAAAGCAUCUUCAAAUGUAUUGGCAUGACAAUAAAGAAGUUACUGUAUUGCCACUGAUGAAAAUCCUGACCUUUGACAUCAUAUGCUCUCUCCUCUUUGGCAUUGAAGAGGGACCAAGAAGAAAGAGCAUGGUAGGAUGCUUCAAAACAAUGGUGGAUGGCAUCUGGUCUGUUCCAAUCAACCUUCCAUUUACAAGGUACAGCCACAGCCUGAAAGCAAGUGCAAAAGUUCAACAGAUGCUCAAGCAACUUCUGAAAGAAAAGAGAGAGAAAAUGGAAAAAGAAGAUCAAGAAGAAGAGCAACAAGAUCUAGUCACUUGCUUGCUUAGCAUGAAAAACAAAGACAAAGAACAAGCCCUGAGUGAGGACGAGAUUGUGCACAAUAUCAUCAUUCUAAUGGUGGCUGGCCAUGACACUACAACUAUUUUGAUUACUCUCAUGAUCAGGGUUUUGGGCUCUAACCCAGCUGUUUAUGCAGCUGUUCUUCAAGAGCAUGAAGAAAUAGCUAGAAGCAAAGAACGUGGGGAGCCACUCAGUUGGGAAGAUGUUGGCAAGAUGAAGUACACAUGGAGGGUAGCAUUGGAGACCUUGAGACUUUUCCCACCUGUAUUUGGAGGGUUUAGAGUAGCUCUUAGAGACAUUGAAUUUGGUGGAUACACAAUCCCAAAAGGAUGGCAAGUAUUUUGGGCAGCACCGAUGACCCAUUUGGAUGACACUAUAUUUGCAGACCCACAUAAGUUUGAACCGAACCGAUUUGACAAACAAACAUUGAUUCCACCCUUAUGCUUCAUUGCAUUUGGUGGGGGACCAAGAAUUUGCCCGGGCUCUGAGUUUGCCAAGCUUGAAACUCUUAUCACUAUCCACUAUUUGAUCACUCAAUUCACAUGGAAGCUUUGUUCAGAAGAAUUCUUAACCAGAGAUCCCACAUUGAUGCCCAACAAAGGAUUGCCCAUCCAAAUUUAUCCAAAAGAAACUUCACCUGCCAUAUAGCAACUUUUUAUACUCAUGGAACAACUUUCCUAAUAAUAGAGGGUUACUCGAUCCUCUUGCUUAGAUAUAUGGUCUUGUAUAAACUCAAGUAGUCGGAUGGUAGAUAGGUUUACUCCAACAUAUCUAAUGUAAUAUUCUCCGUAUGCAUAAUCUCGUUUAUAUAUAUAUAUAUGUAAUUUUUCACAGUA